UGAAUAAAUAGAUUACCAGUUCUGGUUUCAGUCUAGCAAAAGCUAAAGGUUUCCCGAAGUGGAAAUGGAUGUUGACCCAGAAAUCAGAGAUAGAUAUAAGGAAGGCAGAUCGGUUCGAAUCUUCUUAUCACAGAGAAAAAUCAGAAGAAAAAAACCAGAGAGAUAUGCGAAGAAUAUCAAAGUCCACUUUCAGUGGUGUAGCUAAAGCCACAGUUUCAAGGUCUAAAGAUCGUGUCAUGGCAUCAAGCCAAUGGUAUUCUACCAUUCCUCCUCCUAAGGACGAAGAUCUUGAAGAAGAAGAAGAUGGAAAAGAGGAAGAAGUAGAAAAAGAAGAUGAGUGGUCGCUCAAGGGGAAGAGGUUCAUUGCUUUCCCCGAGAGCAUCGGCGGUGGCUUUUUGGUCGAUGGGAAGAAAGAAACCAAGAAAUCCUCUGGGGGCGCCACGUCUUCUUUUGGGCAAGGGACCCACAUGAACUACGACUACGGAAUAAGCAGUGGGGAAAGCAAGGACCAAAGAACCACCGAGACCAACAAUGAAAACGAAGAGGGAAACAAGAUAACAGAAUAUGGUGGUUGCAAUGGUUGCCCUGGAUGCAUUCGUUGCGGAUGCCCGGGAUGUAGCGGUGGCUGCCGUUAUUGCUUCGGUGGUUGCUGUGGCUGCAAAUACUAAUUUCAAUGUCUUUUCCUUUCAUUUUGUUGGUAGUUUUAAAUAUAUGUUUUUUCUUUUU